GCACACAGCCGAGAAAGAAAUCACUGCUAUAGGCCGGGGAAGGCAUCACUCCAGCGCCUUGGAAUCUCACACCGCCCCGCUGACUACACUACUAGGCUUGACUCUCCGGCGGCACGGCGCGCAACACAACACUCUGACAGCUGCGACUGACUCACUACCAAGGGGUGGAAGAUGGAGCAUGUAGACGCCGGCUUCAACAUAUUGUUAGCGACCGACUCAUACAAGGUAACACAUUACAAACAGUAUCCGCCCAAUACGAGUAAAGUCUACUCCUACUUUGAGUGCCGCGAGAACAGGACAGACCCCACCAAAAGCAGAAAAGUCAAAUAUGACAAAACCGUCUUCUACGGCCUACAGUACAUCCUCCACAAGUACCUAAAAGGAAAGGUCGUGACUCCAGAGAAGAUCCAGGAGGCGAAGGAAGUAUACAGAGAACACUUCCAGGAUGAUGUCUUCAACGUGAAAGGCUGGACUUACAUUUUGGAGAAAUACAACGGACACCUGCCCAUUGAAAUCAAGGCAGUGCCAGAGGGCAGUGUCAUUCCUCGGGGUAAUGUUUUAUUUACUGUGGAGAGCACAGACCCUGAAUGCUACUGGCUCACAAACUGGGUGGAGACCAUCCUGGUUCAGAUCUGGUACCCCAUAACCGUGGCGACAAACUCCAGAGAGCAGAAGAAGAUCCUUGCCAAGUACCUCUUAGAGACAGCUGGGAUCUUAGACGGAUUGGAGUAUAAACUCCACGACUUUGGCUACAGGGGCGUCUCUUCACAAGAGACUGCAGGCAUCGGGGCCUCCGCCCAUCUGGUCAACUUCAAGGGCACCGACACAGUUGCAGGCAUCGGAGUCAUUAAGAAGUACUACGGCACCAAGGACCCAGUGCCGGGCUUCUCAGUGCCUGCAGCGGAACACAGUACUAUCACAGCGUGGGGAAAGGACCAUGAAAAAGACGCCUUUGAGCACAUCAUCAAGCAGUUUCCCAACGUGCCUGUGUCCAUAGUCAGCGACAGCUAUGACAUCUACAACGCCUGCGAGAAGAUCUGGGGAGAAGACCUACGGGCGCUCAUAGAGAAGCGCAGUGCUGAUGCGCCGCUAGUCGUUCGACCAGACUCGGGAAACCCCCUCGAUACAGUUUUGAAGGUUUUGGAGAUCUUGGGUAAGAAGUUUAUUCCAGCGGAGAACGCCAAAGGUUUUAAGGUUCUCCCUCCGUACAUCAGAGUCAUACAAGGAGACGGAGUUGAUAUCAACACGCUGCAAGAGAUAGUGGAAGGCAUGAAAGAACACAAGUGGUCCAUUGAGAACAUUGCCUUCGGCUCUGGAGGGGCUUUGCUGCAGAAACUGACCAGAGAUCUGCUCAACUGUUCCUUUAAAUGCAGCUAUGUGGUCACAAAUGGACUGGGGGUGAACGUGUUCAAGGAUCCGGUGGCAGACCCCAACAAGCGGUCAAAGAAAGGACGCCUGUCUCUUCACCGGACGCAGAGUGGAGACUUUGUCACUCUGGAGGAAGGCAAGGGAGACCUGGAGGAGUACGGCGAGGACCUGUUGCACACAGUCUUUCAGAACGGCAAAAUUGUGAAGACGUACACAUUUGAUGAAGUCAGAGACAAUGCUAAGCUCAAAGAGAACGAGCUUGAGGAGCUUCUGCAGUGAGUGUAUAGCACUGCUAAGCCUCCAACACCCCCCCAUCCCCCCUUCCCUUUCUCCUCCCUUCACUUUUUUGACCUCUGACGUCGUCCCCAGAAAAUGAAGGUAGCGUGCACCGCUAUUACAACCUCACUCUUAAAGUCUGAAAUGUCCCCCAACAGCCUGAGAAAAAUGGAACAAUCUUCACUCUUCGGUCGGUUUCCAGCAAAGGGGUAGGAGUUUGUAAAUGUUAACAAGCAUGGGAGGGGUUGAAAUGUGUGAGCGAAUGAAGAGAGAGGAAGAGUGCGAUGAUUUGAUUUCCGAAUUGGAUUAACCGCGAGUUCACGCCUCCACGCCGCUGCCCCUUAAUUGAAGUGCGGCAUGUUGCACUGAUAAAGCUGGACAUAUUGCGACAUAAAGAGGAGUGGCUGCUGAUGUGCAGUGUGUGUCAGCCGACUUUCUCAUGCCGACACAAAAGCCAAUGAAAUAUGAUUGUAGGUGUGAUUAUAUAGAUAUAUUUUCUUUCCCCCUGGCAGCUGCAUGAGGCGUGAACACACGGUUAGACUUAAUGAGAGAUAUGGGGGAAUAAAAAAAUAUGCCCAUCUAUUGUGUACAGAGCUGUUAAGAAAAGAAGAAAAAAAAAAUCAUGUCUGAAUCUACAUACCUUUUUUGUUUUGUAUGUGAAGGAUGCAGGGGAGGGGGGGUGAUAUCAUGGUGACACAGAAACUUUUAAGAUGUUCUUAUGAAGGAAUUCA